GGGGGGGCAAAAGAUAAAGGAAUUAAAAGUCUAGGUUGGACAGGGAUAGUUGACGUAGCGAUUGGUGUGGAGUGUGGCUCGGAUCUACCUGGGAUCCACUUGGAAAGGCUUGCGUUUAAGAAUUUCUGCAAGGCUGAUUGACGAUGAACCUUCAAUUAGAAAUUUAGAAUUUCCCUUACAAGAUUUUAAUGCGGUAUUGGGAUUUUUAUUUUUAGUAAAUAAUGCAAUCUUAAUUGUUUUCAGAAAACCAAAUAACCCCUCUGGCCUCAUUCACAUCAUAUAAUGCCUGGUAAAUUUAGAGGAGGCCCUCGUCGGGGAGGUGCUCCUAGAGGAAGAGGAGCAGGCCGAGGUCAAGGAGGUCGAGGUCGAGGAGGUCGAGGAGGAAAAUUUAAUGGAAAAAGAUCGUUUGGAGGCGGCCCCAAGUUUGACAGUGCAAGAAUCAUUGACUCAGAGGAAUCAGAAAAUGAAGUAUCAGAAGCAGAGGAUGAACUACCAUCAGACGAUGCUUCUGAAAAUGAUGCUUCUGGAUCAGAAGACGAGCAGGAAAAAUCUACUAGCCGGCCUUAUUUUGCGUUAAUGCAAAGUUUAUCUAAAGAGUCAUCAGCUCCAAGCGCUAAAAGGAGAAAGCUUGACAUUCAGCCUGGAGAAGCAAAGUCUGAUAAACCUAAGCAGCAAGAAGCUACUUCAAUUGAUGAACACGAAGCUGCAGAUGAAGAACGAGACGUCGAUCAUGUGGAUGAAGCGGAGGAAGGACCAGAAAAUGAAGUUGAGGUGGACGAUGAUGACGAUGACGAUGAUGAUAUCCCAGAUUCAUCUGAUCCGUUCGAAACCCACUUCGUCAAUCCAGAUCAGAAUGAGGUACAAAAACGUCUGAAGUCUAUUGAAAAUAACGAAUAUUCUCAAUCUCAUUCCGAGCAAAAUGGAUGGAGAUUAAUACGAAACUUCCCUGGGAAAGACUUAACUAAACCAGCACCCCUCCCCACCCCUAUCUCAAGCCCGUCCAGUCUUGAACUCAAGAGUCGACUUGCCGAAGUGGCCAACCGAAAACGUCCGACGUUCGAUAAGUUAGAGCAAGUUCUCUAUCCAUUGACUUUUGCUUAUAACGAUAUAUUAUUUUCUGGACGAACUACCAAGAAUGCUGAGAACCUGCGCCGAAUGGCAUGCCUUCAUAGUGUUAAUCAUGUCUUUAAAACUCGAGAUCGAGUAAUUAAAAACAAUGCUAAACUCGCUAAGGAGACCGAGAAUAGCGACUUCGAGCCAAGAGACCAGGGUUUUACCCGUCCGAAAGUCCUGAUGCUGCUUCCUACCCGGCACUCGGCUGUCAAGAUGGUCAACAUGAUUUGCGACUUGUGCGAGCCGGAGCAGCAGGAGAACAGAAAACGGUUUGACGAAUCAUACCUCGAUAAGGAUGCCAAGUUUUCGGAGGACCGCCCAGAAGAUUUCCGGGAGCUCUUCGAAGGCAACGAUGAUGACAUGUUUCGCAUCGGCAUCAAGUUCACACGGAAGACCAUCAAGUACUUUGCGCAAUUCUACAAUUCGGAUAUCUUGAUAGCGUCCCCGCUCGGCCUGCGCAUGGCCAUCGGGUCCGAGGAGGACAAGAAGCAAAAGAAGGUCGACUUUGAUUUCCUAAGUUCCAUAGAGGUUGUAGUGGUCGACCAGGCCGACGCCUUGCUCAUGCAGAAUUGGGAGCACGUCGAGUACAUCUUCGAGCACCUCAACCUCCAGCCGCGCGAGGCUCACGAUUGUGACUUCAGCCGAGUUCGUGAGUGGUACCUCGACAAGCAGGCCCAGCACUACCGACAAACUCUCGUCCUAUCCGCCUUCAACACACCCGAACUAGUCGAACUGCAUCGUCGCUUCGGUACCAACUGGGCCGGCCGCCUACGUGUGCAACCCGAAGCCUAUCCCGGCGCUAUCGAGGAGCUCGGCAUCAGGGUGAAGCAGACGUUCUCGCGGUUCGAGGCGCCCUCGGUCGCCGCCGAGCCCGACGCCAGGUUCGAAUACUUCACCAGCGCCGUCAUACCGGCGCUCACGAAGCGCGCCAAGGGCCAGGACCUCGGCGGCACCCUGAUCCUCGUCCCGUCGUACCUCGACUUCGUGCGCGUGCGCAAUUACUUCGCGACGUCCCCCGCCUGCGCUGCUCUCGCGUUCGCCGCGGUGUCCGAGUACGCCGACGUCCCGGAGGCGUCGCGCGCGCGCUCCCACUUCGCCAGCGGCCGCCACCAGGUCCUGCUGUACACGGAGCGCGCGCACCACUUCCGGCGGUACGCGCUGCGCGGCGUGCGCCGCGUCGUCAUGUACGGGCUGCCCGACAACCCGACCUUCUACAAGGAGAUCGUGGGCGGGUAUCUGGGGCGCAGCGAGAGGGACCUGAAACUCGAGCCGGGGAAGGGGACCGUGAGGGUCAUGUUUUCCAAGUACGAUCUUCUCAAGCUGGAGAGGGUCGUGGGGUCUAAGAGGGUGGGCAGGAUGAUUAAGGAGAAGGGGGAUACAUUUGAUUUUGUAUGAGAACAUUAGAGGUAGGUACCUAGUAAAUAUUAGGAGAGGAGAGGUGAGGUGAGGUAGA